CUGGAAUGACCUGGAACCACCCUCAUAGACCCCUGUUGGUUCCGGACCACACUUUGGAAACCACAGAGCGGGGCUCGCUGCUGCUCCCACACCGCUCCCACACCGCGCUCGCACCGCCCGCGGAAAUAUUUCGGUGCGUCGGCGAACAGACGACACAACUUGUUUCGUUUUCUUCCUCUCUCUCUCUUCUACUACGGUGCCGUUUAUUGACUUCACACACACAGACGCAGAGAGACAGUAGCUUUCAGUCAGCAGGCGGUGAGCGUGGAGUGGGAGGCAAUAAUUCCGGUCGCGUCGGUUCUGCUCCAGUGCGCGCUUCUCUCUCCCUCCUUACACACAUCCCGGUUUUCAAACGCAAUGACAGGCAAGGCGAACGCGUGAGCGGAUCCCACAGGUGUGUUCACUGCCAACGGCUCUUGGAGACACACACACACACACACACACACACACCUGGAAUUUACCAUGUGACUCGGCACCUGGGCGUGGAGAAAAGUCCCUGAUUAUUGUAACCAGAGACUCUUUUGUUGAGGAGUUGCCACCGGUCGCCUUUCAACAGGAAUUGUCAAAUCGGUCAACCAAGUAGCCCCGUGUUUUCCUACGGAAUAGUGCCUUUCUGAAACCUCUCACAGGACGUGUGAGGAGAGUAAAAUGUGAACUUGCUUGCGGACUUAUUUCUUUUUUUAUUUUUAGUAUUUCACCGGAGGGGAGUUCUCCAAAAAAGCUGGACUGUUGGCGUUUGUGCAACUACUCUCUUCGCUCCCUUUUUUUCCUCCAAGAGCCCGGGCCCUUAAUGAAGCUGGGGGUCAGCGACAGUGUGCGGCUAAUUGGCCAAGUUUGCCCGGGGCUCUGGCUGCCUGUGAUUGAAGUGUCCAGUGAGGGCCCACUGUGCAGCCGCCUCUGCACCCUGCUCUGUUCAACUCCUACAGCCAAGACGCUCACUGCACCCCUGUCUGCCUCUCCCUAGUGAGUAGCACCCGAGAGAUGGCGAGCUGGGUCUCCCUCCUCCUCUUUCUCUUCUGCAAGUCAGUCACACAAGCCCAGGAGGAGAGCAACAACGUCCCCAUCCUGGAGUUUACCUCCGAGACCUCCAUCAACAAUGUGGUCCAGGACAUCCAGACCGGUCGGAUCUACCUGGGGGCGGUAAACACAAUCUUCCAGCUGGGACCGUCGCUCCGCAUGCAGGCCCGUGCCGAUACGGGACCCAAAGAGGACGCCCGGACCUGUACACCUCCUGCUUCUGCAUGUCAGGACACAAAGCCCAUGCCCAACCUCAACAAGCUUCUGCUGGUCCAUCCGUCCAACGGUUCUCUCAUAGUCUGCGGCAGCCGCUACCGGGGCAUCUGCGCCCUCCUCAACCUGACCAACGUGGAACAGCAGCUGUAUUACAGUGACAGUAAAGGAGAGAGGACUUACGUGGCUAGCAUAGAGGAUAAUGUGAACGUGGUGGGCGUCAUGUCCAACUACACAAAAGAUGAGAACACCUUCAGUGUUUUUCUUGUUGGGAAGGGCUACGGAAGCCUGGACAGUACAAAACUCAUCAGCACACGAAUCCUUCAGGACUACCGCGAGUGGGUCGUGUUUGAGAGCAUCAUUGAGGCAUCAACGGUACAGACGACGCCAUUUGUUCCCAAGUACCUGCAUGACUUCCGCCUUGCCUUCAAAGAGGAUGGUUUUGUUUAUUUCCUCUUUUCACGAACACUCGAUGGUACAGAUAACAAAAACCUGACCUUUGUGUCUCGUCUUUGCGAAAACGACCACCAUUACUAUUCUCACACAGAGCUCCAGUUAAACUGUGGCCCGAAUAACAGAUACAACAAAGUCCAAGCCGCAUACGUGGCUUCUCCAGGAAAAGAGCUUGCACGGGUCAUGACCGAAUCAGGUAUGUAUGGGAAGGUCGUUUCCUGGAACAAAGUUCUGUUCAUGGUGGCGAGCCCAGAUGAUGACGACAACGAUUCGGCUCUCUGCAUGUACCCACUCAACUUCAUCAAUGAGCGGCUGGUGGAUAUCAUCAGCGCCUGCUACAGCGACUCGGGGAAGAUUUCCGGGUUUCCUGCUGUGGACAUCCCCUACUCAUCAAAAAAUGAGGAAUUCUGCUCGUCGAAAAUUGCAAAGAACACGUUAGAAAAUUUCAAGUGUGGCGCAGACUUUUUGCCUUCCCCUCUGGCAAGCAAGCCAAGAGUCGCCUUAAAGGCAGAUGCAGUGUUGACGAAGCCGGGCCUUCUGACCGCUGUGGCCGUCGCUGUGGAGAAUGAUCACACUAUCGCCUUUUUGGGGAACAACCAGGGGGAAGUCUUUAAGGUACAUCUGACCACUGAUCCAUAUGUGUACAGCAAGACUCCUGGAGUCACCGUGGGAGAAAAGGUCAACAAGAACCUUUUCUUUGACCUCAGUCAGAGCCACCUCUACAUUACCACAGAGAAAAGGAUCACCAAGGUGCCAGUGCAGACGUGCCUUCAAAAGAAAGACUGCCAAUCAUGUGUGGAACUGAGGGACCCUUACUGUGGCUGGUGUGUCCUGGAGGGCAGGUGUACCAGGAGGUCUGAGUGCCGGCGGGCAGAGGAGAAGAAUGGCUGGCUGUGGAGCUACAGGCAGCAGUGUGUCAAGAUUGUCUCCUUCUAUCCCCCGAACCUUUCCUGUAAAAAGACUCAGAAGGUGAAGAUCAACAUCCCCUCUCUUCCUGCAAUCGGGCUUUCUGACCGUCUGCACUGCACCAUCAAGUCUUUCCAGAGUCAGGGCACCAUGUCUGACUCUGGUCAGGUCUCCUGCAACCUGCCCAACCCUUCGCUUAUACCACAAACACCUGAGGACCAAGACUUUGUGGCCGUGCCAAUCAGGAUUUUCGUCAACGAGACUGUGGAGCUGGCCAUGCGGGAAUUCAAGUUCUAUAACUGCGCUGCCACAGUGAGGAAAUCUGAAAACACACCGUGCAUUUCAUGUGUGGCCAGUUCAUGGGGCUGCCAAUGGAACACACAUGACCACACCUGCAGUGACAUGGACGACAGUGUGAAUGGCUCCAACAUCAUCAAGCACCGUCAGGGAGCGAAGUGUCCUCAGUUCGAGAAUCCAGAUCCUGUGUUGAUCCCUGUGGGCUACAAGACUCGUAUCAGCUUCGAGGGGAUCAAUUUGGACCUCUACCAGGGUCAUGUUUUCACCAUCGGCACUGAGCUGAUGAGAAAUGCGGAAGAAGAGGUAAAUUUUGAGCAGGGGCCAUUCUACACCUUCAGCGGGUUCAAUUUUUCUUACGAUAAGUCACCGGAGACCAAUGUUCUCUUCUACGUGAAGGACAAGGAGUCAGGCAAGAAGAUGGACAGCACACUGAAUGUCACCCUUUACAACUGCUCCAUGGGCAGAGAGGACUGUAGUCUCUGUAAGAACUCUGAUCCAAAGUACCGCUGCGUGUGGUGCGCCAAGCAGAAGGCGUGUGUGUACGAGAAGUUGUGCAGUCCUGACCAGGGGUCCGAAUAUCCUUACAACACUGAGUGCCCUGACCCCCAGAUCACUAAAAUCAUCCCACAUUUUGGCCCCCUCCGAGGAGGAAUCUCCAUCACCAUCCAAGGCUCCAACCUCGGCAUCCACAAAGAAGACAUUAAAAGCAUCACCGUGGUCGGGGAGCCCUGUAUCCACCAGGAGGAGAAGUACUCUGUCUCCACAAGCGUUGUGUGUGAGAUCGGCCCUGUUGACCCUACGGGCGGACACUGGGGUAAGGUGGAGGUGGAGGUGAAGGGAGAGAAGAGAGGAACCUCCUCUAUGUACUUCACCUACAGGGACCCGAUUCCAGAGGAAGUGAAACCUUCCAGAGGUCCUAAGGCUGGGGGCACCCUCAUUACAAUUUCUGGACGAUUUCUGGACACUGGCAGUAAGAAUGAUGUCCAGGUUACCAUCGGAGGGGUGGACUGCACUGUGGAGCAAUUCGGAGCAGAGAUCACCUGCAGGACAGGAGAAUACCGAGCAGAUAAGGUGCCCUCUGACCUUCUCACCGUCACAGUGAAGUAUGGGAAGAGUACCACAACAACCAUCCCAAGUGCCUUCCAAUUCUUGGAAAAUCCCAUCGUGCUAGACCACAACCCCAAAGGAAGCUUUGUGUGUGGAGGGAGGAACAUUGUGGUGACCGGCUCAGGCUUUGACCUAAUCCAGACUGCUGUCAUGAAAGUCCACGGAGACAAUUCGACAGCUAUUGAGAACGCCCACGAUAAGAACGACACGGUCAUCCAGUUUCGCUCACCGACUGCAAACAACUCUGUGAACCACCCUUUAAGAACGUACAUCCACCUGGACAACUUGGUGAAGGAACUGAAGCCCUUCGACUACCACCCUGACCCUGUCUUCAACAAGCUGAUCAAGAAGGUCAUCACUGAGGCCAGCAUCAUCAUCGUCACCGGUCGCGGAUUCUCCAAAGCUAUGACGGCCAAAGAGGCUCAAGCCUUUGUGGGCGAUGUGCCUUGUCUGGUCAACACGCUUCAGGAUGACAAGCUGUUUCUGGACCCACCUUCCACCCCGCCUCGGGCUCGCUCCAGACGGCACCGCAGAGACACCCGGCCCGAGCUGCUGGACUUAACGAUCAAGUUUGGGAAAGGGGAGUGGGUGGUCGGCUCUGUGCAGUACGAGAAGAAGAAUGAUUUGUCACUGUACAUCAUCAUCCCUGCUGUCAUCGUGCCGAUGCUGCUCAUCAUAGCUAUCUCUGUCUACUGCUACAGGAGAAAGAGUCAACAGGCAGAGAGGGAGUAUGAGAAGGUGAAACACCAGCUUGAGAAUCUGGAGGAGAGCGUACGAGACCGCUGCAAGAAAGAAUUCACAGACUUGAUGAUCGAGAUGGAGGACCACACAAACGAACUGAGCGAGGGACGCAUCCCCUUCCUGGACUACAAGACCUACACAGACCGCGUCUUCUUCCUGCCCUCUAAGGACGGUGCCAAUGAUGUGAUGAUCACGGGAAAGCUAGACAUCCCAGAGGCUCGACGGGCCACAGUGACUCAGGCGCUCAACCAGUUCUCCAACCUCCUGAACUCCAAGACCUUCCUCAUUAAUUUUAUCCGUACCCUGGAGCGCAGUCAUGACUUCAACGCCAGAGCCAAGGUGUACUUUGCCUCCCUGCUGACUGUGGCUCUGCAUGGGAAACUGGAAUACUACACCGACAUUAUGCGAACGCUGCUGCUGGAGCUGAUGGAGGAAUACGUCCACAGCAAGAACCCUAAACUCAUGCUGCGCAGGUCAGAGACAGUGGUGGAAAGGAUGCUGUGUAACUGGAUGUCUAUCUGCCUUUACCAGUUUUUAAAGGACUCUGCAGGCGAGCCCUUGUACAAACUGUUCCGAGCCAUCAAGCACCAGAUCGAGAAAGGGCCUGUGGACGCCAGAGUAAAGAAAGCCAAGUACACCCUCAACGACACAGGCCUGUUGGGCGACGAUGUAGAGUACUCCGUCCUGACACUGCAAGUGCUGGUGCAGGGCGAAGGUCCAGAUGUGACGCCCGUCAAGGUGCUGAGCUGUGACACCAUCUCGCAGGUGAAGGAGAAGAUCAUAGAGCAGGUGUACAGGAACCUGCCGUACUCCCAGCGGCCCAAGGUUGACAGUGUCACACUGGAGUGGCGUCCAGGCUCAACGGGACAGAUUUUGUCAGAUCUGGACUUGACUUCCCAGAAAGAGGGCAGGUGGAAACGCAUCAACACUCUGGCACACUAUAACGUGCGAGAUAACGCCACAUUAGUCUUGUCCAGAGUUCUUCACACUCAGCAGAACUAUGACCAGAACCAAGAAAACCACGAAGAGCGAAAUGCUUUGUUGGAAGAUGAUAAGGUGUUUCACUUGGUGAGGCCGGCAGACGAAAUGGAUGAGAUCAAAUCUAAACGAGGAAGUAUAAAGGACAAGUCGAUGACCAAAGCCAUUACAGAGAUCUAUCUAACACGACUCCUUUCUGUCAAGGGAACACUGCAGCAGUUUGUGGAUGACUUCUUCCGCAGCGUGCUGUGCUCUGGGGCAGUGGUGCCACCAGCAGUAAAAUAUUUCUUUGACUUCCUGGAUGAGCAAGCGCUGAAACACAACAAUGUGGAUGAGGAGACCAUCCAUAUCUGGAAGACUAAUAGCCUUCCUCUGCGGUUCUGGGUGAACAUUCUCAAGAAUCCCCACUUCACUUUUGACGUCCACGUGUCUGAAGUGGUGGACGCCUCGCUUUCUGUCAUCGCCCAGACAUUCAUGGACGCCUGCACAAAGAGCGAGCACAAACUCAGCCGGGACUCUCCAAGUAACAAACUACUCUAUGCAAAGGAGAUCUCCACCUAUAAGAAGAUGGUGGACGAUUACUACAAGGGCAUCAGGCAGAUGAUACCCGUCAGUGACCAGGACAUGAACACUCAUCUGGCAGAGGUGUCCCGGGCUCACACAGACAAACUGAACACACAAGUGGCUCUCCAUCAGCUUUACCAGUACGCCAGCAAAUACUAUGAUGGGAUCAUCGCAUCCCUAGACGAGGACCCAGCUGCCCAGAGUAAACAGCUGACCCUGCGGCUCCAGCAGAUUGCAGCCGCCCUGGAAAACAAAGUGACUGAUCUCUAACCCACCGAGUAGAGGGAGGGAGGGGGGGAGGGAGAGAGAGGAAUGGUAGGAUACUGCCAGUGACUACAGGGGCUUAUUUCUUCUUUUAGAGAAUAAAACAUGGAAAUAAGGAAAGGUGAGAAGGGACUCAUGUGGGUGUGUAUAUUGUACAACUUGGCUCUGGGACAAUUUGCUGUACUGUGGAGUAACAGGGACUAAUGAAAUGCAGAUAGAGAGCAAAAAGGGGAAGAAAAUGAUGGGUUACGCUGUCAUAGGUACGCCUUAAAGCUCACUUGCCAAACCUUAAAGGUCUGCGCGCUCACUCAUGCUUCACUGAAUAUUGCUCCCACAAUGCAGUGCGGUAGACCUCUUUCUGAGAAUUAAGCCCCUCUGUGGCACACUGGCACAGGAGAUAAUCAGAUGUUCAAUUUCUUUCUGUGUAGAGAAAAGGUUUUAAGAAUUGUAUUAUAUAUUUUUUUUAUCGUGCAGUCUUUAUGCGGAAAGCUUUAUAAGGAAAAAAAUUAUCUUUUUAAAUGGAUCACCUUGUGGUGCGGAUAGUGUUUUUAUUAGCCUGUGUGUGCGUAGAUGUCUGUGUGAACUACAACAUGUGAACAAAAGUGUGCAUUGCAAAACUUGUGUGAAAGUGUGUGUGAAUGUGUGGGAAUGUGUGUGCACACACAGGAUGCCUACUGUCAGGCGUGAGGGCGAAGGGACGCCUGCUUUCUGUCAUUUUAAUCCCCCAUACCCAGUGGCACACUGGAGCCUGCGCUCUCUCCGAGCUUUUUGACAGAGACCAAAGGGUCCUCACAAGGACAGUGGUUAAUCUAACAAUGUCCAGGCUCAUAUGAAUGACAGGUCACCAGUAGUUUCAGAAAUGUUUGAGUUAAAUUCUUUUUUUGCUUUUGACUCAGAUUUGCUUCAAGCUGGAUUGCCAUUUGUGCUUGUGGAAGUCGAUAAUAGCACAGUCUGUCUCCCUUUAUUGUACAGUGCCAUGAUACAUUCCACUUCAACUAAAGCACAGAAGGACAUUUCAAAAGUUUUUUAAGACAUUUCAUUUAAUGACUGUCCAGAUAUUUCUUCUUCUUUUUUUUGCUAUAAAACUUUUUUUGUCAGCAAGAAGCAACUUUAUUCUGCCAUGGAGCCAUGUCACUCAUAUUAGCCCUGCAAUAAUGUCCAAACACCAUGAGCCACAAACGGCAUUAGUCACAUUAGCUUACUAAAUGUAUUCACAUACUGUAGCAAUUCAGCAAUACGUUAGAGAAAUUUCCAAACUGGUUCAUGCAUUGUUAGUGUUCAUGAUUUUUAGUGCCAUCUUUUUAGUAUUACCGUUGUAAUGUUCCAAAUAAUCAUCAAGCAUUCUGCCUCUAAAGCUAUGAAAUAGCCUAUUGCUGAUGUUAAUUACCUGCCAGAGAGGCAGUUGGUACUUAAGUGGUAUGUUUUGAACAAAUUACAGUGGUUUUAGGCUUUGUCUAAUGUUAGUGAGGUCAGGUUCAAUCAUGUACAUAAAUGUUAUAGUAAUUGAAAUGUAGAUAUGUCAGUGUCAGAGCCGAAGUGUCGACAGGGUAGGAAUGAGGGUUUGAUAUUUCUUGGUCCAUUAAACGCCACCACGUUUCAUCCCUAAAUUAUGGGUUUAGAUGUUGACAGAUGAUUUAAUUGUACUCCCUGUAUCUGAUCAUGGAUGUGUGUAGUUGACAGAGCAUAACAAGCUCCAGAGACCCCAGAAUGUUAACGAUUCCUGCCUUGGCUAGAGAGAGGUUUGCACAGACCUCGAGCCUGCCUGCCUGCCUGCCGUCUCAGCAUGGCACGCUGGCAUCCCGACCAACAGCACUUGGCACUGCCCACUCAGCGCAGUGCAGAGUGGCACUCUGUAUAAUGGAAUCAGCAGGGGAGGCUUUUGAUCUUAAUUGCAUGCCGACUGCAGACUCCAUCCUUGUCUCCGCUGUUGUUUACUGCUGACUCCUCUCACUGACAGAGUUGAUGCAAGAAGCUUCUUUCAGAGCCUUUCUUUAACCAAAAAUGUGCCUUAUUAAAUAGGAUGAUACAUAUAUAUUGUUUCUAAAUUAUUCUAUUGGUAACCUAGGUGAUUAUGAUGACGAUAGUGCUAUAGACACAGCAAUGUACUUGGACUUGUGAUAUUAUGUGUGCUGUCUAAAAUGCUAGAUGCCCUGCUGCAGCCAUUUGCGUGCCAAUAGGCUGAAGACAUUUCAGUAUGAUUUCUUUUAUGGUUGCAGUUUUAAUGUGUGCAUUUCCUUUGGGUGUCUGUGGCGUGUGCUUAGUAGGACUUUGGUGGCAAAUUCAAAAGGCCAAAAUGAAUAAAUGUAAAACAGUGGCCAAUGUGAUUUGGGUUUCCCUUGAAAUUGUCUGGCAUUCCUAAAUUAGUCUGAAAUUAAAAGGGUAUCCUUAUGUAGAUUGAAUAUAGCGCAAAAAUUGUUCCAACGGUGUUAAUUUUUUUUGCCCUGUGUUUCUAAGCUAUUCCACAGUGUGUACGAUAAAUGACUAUCUAUACUCGACAAAUGACCUUUCUUACUGCUGUGCAGUUAUUAUUUUUAUUUCUUGUUUCCUAUACCAUAUAAAUCUUUGUAAAACAUGUUGAAAUACUGUAUUCUAACUGUAUAAUCCUAUGCAUUGAGUCCUGGGACAAAAAAACAAAAGAGAAAAAAAACUGUUCGUGCAGUUGUCGAGACUUUUUUCCAUUUUGAAACUUGUGAAUGUGCUGUAAUGAUAAAAGAAACUGAGAGAGACUUUUAGUACAGGGCCAUUAAUGGAAGCCAAUGAUUUCCUCCCCAUCCAAGGCAGCUCAGAAGAUUCUCGAUCUUGUACCAGAUCUGGUUGAACUGGAUGAACUUAAUUUUACAAAGUUGUGUGUGGACGAAGCAGUUACCCACAGGUGUCAUCAUACACUCCUCCGUGAAUAAACUCAGAGACAUAUAUGCCCUUCA